GAUAACAGAUGAGUGUUUUCAAACCAGCACAGGAGAAGAUCAUCGGUCAAAUUUCUGAACCUAACCCGAGGACAAGAAGUGGGCUGAAUGAGUUGCAAGUGAAUACAGAAUUUCAUUCUCAGCCUCCUGUGACAGGCAGAUUAACCAUCUCCAGCAGGAAGUCUUCAGUGUUAGCACAGUGGAGAGGAUUCCUCUUAACUGGUGCUGAAGGGCUGGAGGUUUCUCUGCACUUCUCCCAGCCUUCUUGAGAAGAAGCAGUUGAAGGUGGCUGUGGGACACUGCGGUCAGACUCCCACCAGUUUGGUGGUGCCUUUCUGCGCCGUGCAUGCCAGCCACCAUGGAGACGCUGUCCCAGGACUCCCUGCUGGAGUGCCAGAUUUGCUUCAACUACUACAGCCCGCGCCGGCGGCCCAAGCUGCUGGACUGCAAGCAUACGUGCUGCUCUGUGUGCCUGCAGCAGAUGAGGACCAGCCAGAAGGACCUGCGGUGUCCCUGGUGCCGCGGCAUCACCAAGCUGCCACCGGGCUACUCCGUGUCACAGCUGCCCGAUGACCCCGAGGUGAUCGCUGUCAUCGCCAUCCCCCACACCUCUGAGCACACCCCUGUCUUCAUCAAACUCCCCAGCAAUGGGUGCUACAUGCUGCCCCUGCCCCUCUCCAAGGAGAGGGCCAUGCUGCCGGGAGACAUCGGCUGCCGCCUCCUGCCUGGCAGCCAGCAGAAGUCCCUGGCAGUGGUGACGAUCCCGGCAGAGCAGCAGCCGCUGCAGGGUGGCCUUCCUGCUGAGGCGGGUGCGGAGGAGGCUGACCGCAGAGGUGUGGUGAAGAGCUCCACCUGGUCGGGGGUUUGCACUGUGAUCCUGGUGGCCUGCGUCUUGGUCUUUCUCCUGGGCAUCGUCCUCCACAACAUGUCGUGCAUUUCCAAGCGCUUCACGGUGAUCUCAUGCGGCUGAGGGGUGGGAGGCUGCCCCAGGGUUGCUCACCCAGGGCUUGGGGUGGUGGUGGUGGUGGUAUCGAGUGAGACAAUUCACUGCAACUUUGGCCGAUGACUGCAGGAUGCUUUGUUCCCAGACGGUGGUGCGCCGUCCCGGCCACAGCCCUCGGCAGCCAGUGGAGAAACCUAUGUCCCCUGUCCGAUGGUAACAGCAGUGAGGAGGACUGCAUGCAUCACCAUAAUCAUUUAUCAAAGGGACUGUAAUUUAUGGCAGUUUUUAUUGUGUUAUGAGAUUAAAGACAUCUGUGAUUGUACUGUAAAGUAUGCGGUAUGAGCUCUUCUCUAACCACGGUAGCUCAAAAUCAGAACUACUCCAUGUAGAACUGAAGGAGAUCUGGCCCGUGACUCAAUGAAAAGUGUUCGAUACCAACCCACGUGUUAUUUUUUAAUUGGGGGGAAGGGGAAGACUUGUAAAAGAGAAAUCAUUCAGUUGUUAAGACAUUUUCUAUGUUUUAAACUGCACAUUAAUUAAAUUAAGUUAGGAGGUUGUACAAUAGUUUUUAAAAGGAAACAUUUUACAAGCGAUCGUUUGGUUCUGUGGUGUGUGGUUUUUUGCCUCUAUGUCUGAUUUUUCCCCACUGUUUUUGGUUAUGGGGAAGUUGAUGCUUCUGGAAUCUUCUAUUUGAAGGAGGUUUUGAGCAGGGAAGCAAAGUGAGCCUAGGAGGAAUACUUAACGACGCAGCCAAACAUUUCUGCCUACCCUACUUCACAUGAAGAAUGGCUCUGAAUGGUGAACAUUAGUCAUACUGUUUUACCUCUGAUCUGGCAACAGGGCUUCCUGCAGAUUGGCCUUCAUGGCCAUUAGUGAAGAAGUGGGUCAUGAGAAGUCUGAAGACUCCUUCCUGCAUGGACGUGCCAGCCAAUCGUUCUUCCUUUUCUUUUUCUAGAGGUUGGGCUUUCUUAAUUUUUUCAUAGAAAAAAUGUACACCUGUUUUGCCUCCCUGUCUCACAGGAGAUACAGCUGCACACCCAUGGGCGGUGUGAAAAAGGAGUUGUGCUAAGGAAGCCUCACCAUGCCAACAGACCACGGACCCUUCUGUGCAAUCUUUACGCUUAUGUGUAAGAGGCAGUGACAGAGCUGGAAGAAGAACACAGGUCAGCCAAGCCCUCUUCUGGGUUGUGCUGCCCCUCAUAAAUCACUGUGGCUGUCAUGGUGUCAAAAUGCGUAGGCGAGCAUAAUGCAGACCUUUUGCCACGUUUCAUAUGAAUGUUGGUCUUCGUUGUGACAGAUGUGGAGAAAAAAAAAAGCACAGGAAAUAUCCCUGUCCACCUAUGAAUGUUCUGAUCUCCCAGUUAUUUGCAGUUCUCUACUCAGAAUGAGCCAAAUUCCUGAACCUCCAUUUCAGCAGCACCUUUGCUCCGCUAGAUUUAGUUAGUACUGUUUGUAGCUUAAAUAGAGCUCUGUGUGAAUUGGUAAGUGUGAAUGCUGACGUCUGUGAGAUUUAAGGAUCGAACUGGGAGGCGCAUAGCAGGCCUUUACUAAGACAGAAAGUACUAUUGAUUAGCACUGGUUCUUUUUGCAGGUACAAAGUACGAGCAAUUCCUUACGUGUAAUCUCCCCGAAGAGUGACUUGUCCACCCAGUGCUCUCUGUAGUAAUUAGAGAUUGUUUAAGGUUGUAUUACAACAACGGAGAGCGUAACUUUGACUUGUACAGUGCUCAGGUUGGCCUUGUAGAUGGUGGUGGCUUUCUGGUUUUGUUUCUGGUUCACAGUAAACAUUCUCAACUAGAACUUGUCAAAGAACAUACCUCUGACUUAGUGCUGGAUUUCUUCCCCUCCUCAUUCACACACCACCAUUUUCUUCCUUAAUUUCUGUUAACUGCAGGAUAGCAAAAACAUAUGGUGCUUAAUUGUUAUGGUGUAUGUAUGGUCACGUUUGGAGAGGAACUGUCAUAGAUAUUCAUAGCACGGAAAAAAAAAACAAACCACAACAUUAUCCUCAGAUAACAAAUUCAAUGCCUUUUUUUUGUGCAAGGCAACGUGCGGUAUGCCUUGAACUUAGGAGAACUGCAAGGCAUUGACAUCUCUCAGCAGCACAUUUGGUUUGGUAGCAGUAGGGAAUGACAGGAACUCCAGAAUGUGUCUGGGAGCGUGUUAGUCUUUUGUUCCCGGUAGGCAGCCAGGUAUCUGGUGACAUCCACACUGCGCUGCUUAUUAUGUAAAGAAAAACCAGUUCACUAAAAACUUUUGCCUUUAUAGACUCUUAAGGAAGUGACUAGAUACAGGACUCAGCCCUCUACUGCCUUAUCCCCUGUAGCAAUUCAUGCUUAUACCAGGAGUACGUAGCAUAGCUAGAAGAUGCUCUAAGAACAGCGUGGAAGCAUUUUGCAUCAACUUCUGCGUAUCAGAGUUUUUGAUGGCUGCAUAAAGACACGAAGCAGUCAGAGAGCAGGCCCAGGAGAUAACAGCAUUAAUCCUAACCUUGUGCUGGCCGUACCUGCCCCACUGGAGCUCUUGAGGCCAAGGUUUCUCUGCACUGCAGAGUUGUUGUGAAAACUGCCCCUCUUCAUCCCUACAUGAAGAGUUGCAGUAUGAAGGAGCAACCAGAAAUUAGGUUAAAAUGCCACACUGCAUAACACAUUGUGCAACAGGCAGAAGUGGAGUUUAUCUGGUGUUAAUGACGUACUGUAUUAGCAGAAUACCAUCGUGUGUUACAUAAUGCAGUGCAUUGUUUCGUUAAUAUGAAUUUCCUGUACUCUUUAUGCCUGCUGAAAUGCAUGUGUGACCUAAUUUCUGAUCCAGCCAUUUACCUGCCUACGGCCUUGUGUACGAGCAAUAAGGAAAGCCUCAAGGUUUUUGUCUGCGUGUGCGGUGUGUACGUUAAUUCCUUCUUUUCUAACAGCAAUUCAGGAGCCGGUUUUGUUCUGGCUUCGGACUGUGACUCUCAGUUUAAAUUUGCAGCUGCCACAUCGUGUUGGCUCACCUCAUAUAUCUGCUGACUUACACAGAAGAGAACUGAAUAGUUUGUUGUCAUGUGCGGUGUUAAAAAUGUUUCUUGAAUGUGUCAGUAGUCAUCCUGUGUUCCAAGGCCUGAUCUCUGGCACUGAAAAGUACUGCUAGAAACAGAGUUUGGAUCAGUUUUGUUCUUUUUUGUUUUCCAAAAGCAUCCUCGUCUUUGUAUGUUUUCUCUGUGGAGACAUUUGGAAUUGUGUGAAAAUCACUGAGUUUUUGGCUAAUUUUUGUUGCCUGCUGUCCGGUAAGAAGUCAAAGCCACUGCUGAGUUCCACCAAACAAAAAAAGAGACUUAACUGUGACUGCAGUGUUGUCUGAGCAGCCAAAAAUUAGACUGAAAGUGAUUGUGGGGAAUUACAAAUGCACCUGCAUUUUUAGAGCAAGUUACUUUGUGAACGCGUAUUAAAUGGCUUGUUUAAUGGGAAGGAUGUGUGCGCUGGGGUCCAGCCUCUUUGUUAUCCCAGAAGGCCCCGACUUCCAUUUAUGGCUCCUGCUUUCGCUCUGUGAAAUCCUCCUGGAUUCGCUCUGUGAAAUUUGGUUCAGUGAAUUUUAAAGAUUCAAAAUACGCAAUUUUGGUAUGCGGGAUUUCUUUUAGGAAAUGGUGUUCAGUAAUUCUUUGUGCUUAACUGCGAUGUAAAGGAGCCUGAAUGUUUUGUGAACAUGGAGCUAUCAUGAGUCCAGAGUUUCAUCUUUAUUAAUGAAGCUUGGUCUGAAUAAAACAUCAGCAGGAAAAGGCUGAUAUCAAAUGAAUUACGGUACCUCUGUUACUUUGCUAUCAAGUGAAGAGCGUGGAUGGGAAUUUGGCAGAGUUGCUGUUUUUAUUAUGAGGGGUUGGCUGAAAUUCGAUUCUUAGUGUUUUAAGGCAAAGCGUUAAGUGUGGGUUGUAGUAAACGACAAAGGGAUUUUCACAUUUGAUUACCAUGGAAUAUGAAAUUAGAGCUGAAGACUACGAAGCUAUGCAACAGACUUUUCUGUCUGGGUAAUCAGAUGAUUUGUAAGUUUUAUGUACACUUUGUGCUCAUGGAAGUGAGGGGCUGUUGGCCUUGACCUGACGUGCAUUGCACUGAUGGGGACCUGGCUUUGCCCUCACAGUCAUGGUUAUGCCAUGAGCCUUGGGCUGCCUUUGUCAUAGGUCUUCUGAAACAAGGGUGGCUGACUUUGGACUGGUUUUGGUACAUUCAUAAUGGGGC